UUGAUUUUGGAGAAGAACACCUUUAAACUUCAAAUAUAGAGUUUAACUUCAAAUAUAGAGUUUUAGAAACUUCAAAAUAGAGUUUCUUUUUGGAGAUGUUCUAAAGAGAAACAAGAUCAUUAACUCUUAGCCUACGUGAGAAGAAGGCUAACAAUAAUGAUUUAAUAUCUCUUAGUUACAAAAAACUAAAAGAACAUCUAAAUACAAUAAUACUAAAAGAAGGUUACAACCUGAAGACAAUUUCUUAAAGAUCAAAGAGAAACCAUACACAUGUUACUGAUUAUUAGCCUUUUCAGUUGUGGAGAGGAUUUGGACCUGUGUGAACUAAUCUCUUGUCGUCUUUAUAAACAUCAUCUCUGUUUUCUUCUUCACGAUGUGGAUCUGUGAACGACAAUGAGGUGCUGGGGGAUUGAGUCGACGAGGUUUCAUGGAAAGGACCAGCCUUUCUCGAUGAAGGAUAUGAUUGGUGAUGAUACUGAUGAGGAGAAGAAAGAGCUGAGGAUGAAGACAAACCAAACUGACCAAAGAUCAAGAUUCCCCACAAUAACAUGGUGGAGGGUGCUGCUCGUUUCCUUCGUCUUCUUCUUGUGUCGUGCUCAUUUCCUACAGAGUUUCCCAUGGCGGUUUGAGAGGUUCAAAGGUGACCCGUAAUCCGCACGUGGUUUCCGUUUGCCCAAAGGUCCGUAAUCCGCACAUGGUUUCCGAUUGCCAACCAUCUAAUCCCCCUGGCCCGGAACCAGCCGGCACUAAUACCCAUUACCCAAGGACCCAGCACCAACGCCGCGAUAACUUUAAACUUGGGGAGGGCGUAAAGCAUUCCGUGGCCACAGGGGGUAUUCGAACCCGGGUCCGUAUUGGUUUGUUAACUACCUCAAGACCACUAGCCCACCACCCUGUGGUUACUUUUGACUAGUUAUAAUAAUAUUGUUUGGAAAAAAUAGUAAUAAUAUUGUUUGGGAAAAAAAGUGAUAACUUUGUGUAGUAGUAGAUGAUAAACCCAAAAAGACAAAACUCUUUUCUUUGUUUCAGUGAAGUCUUAAGUAACAAAAAAGUUUGUCUUUGCUUCUUUGGAUAAUGAGAUUGAGAAUGAAGAGAAGUAGAAGAAGGAGAAAAAUUAUAUUAUGGAAUUAACUUUUGUUUUAUCUUAUGGGUCUUAUCGAACGAUCGGGACCCUUGAUUUCAUGAGGGAGAACCUUCUCACAUAUCUACUACUCAGAUCUUUUAAGCUCUGAAACUUAUUUUCUUUUCUUUUUAUAUUUCAGCUCCAAUGCUUUUAUUUCUCUCUGCUUAUAUAUUAAUUGAAAAUUUAAUUUCUGCCAUUUUAAUUGGAGAUGGGUGCAGCGGACAGUUCAGUAUUAAUAACCGUUGUCCCCGGGAGAAAAAACAAUAUCGAAUUUAUGUUUUCUGAGAGGGGAAAGAGAAGGAUACUCUGUGUAUUGAUGUUAAUGUACAAAGUGUAUUUACUAAUUAAAGCAAGUAACUUUUAAUGGAGGAUUUACCUUAGCUUUGCUAAACUGGAAAAAAAAAGAAUUCGUUGUUGGAGAGAUUUUUAUGCUUCACACAUGUCUUGCCGACAAGUAAUAACCUCUGUUCUCUGUUUUGUCUCCAUCUCUCUCUGUUUUAUUCAUGUCUUCUUGUUCUGUCUUUCACAAGAGCUUUUUCUUUUCUUUUUUUUUGCUUCUUCCAUGUCUCUGCUUUCCAACUCUCAGAGAAACCCAUGAACAGAGGCAAACUCAGUUUUUGAUCACUGUCAAUAGCAUCUAAUGACUGACAUAUAAAAAACGCAGAAUUUGAAUUUUACCCUUGUUCAACUUCUGUAAAGUUAUGAAAGUAAUUCAAUUUUAGCAAUUUUUACUUUACUAGAGAUACAUGCUACAAGAUCUAUAAAAUUUAAUGACAUUUCUUAGGCCUAACAUUUCUAGUGAAAGAUGCAAAACCCAUUAAUUGGCAAAAAGACGUUCUACAUAACUAAUGACCAAUUUAAGAUUAAAUAAGAGAAAAAAAUCGGUCAAAAAAACACUGAACUUUGCGGGAAUUGCCAAAAGAAACCUGGAUAUAUGGGCUAGCCAAUAAAAUCAUGAACUUUUGUUGACUUUUCGGGUUUAUUAAGAAACUUACGAUUGACUGACCAGAUUAACACACCGUUAACCGAGUUAACUGUUAAUUAAGCGGACGUUUAUUUUGGGUGUUAAAGUAUACGACGUCGUUUCAUCACUUUGUCUGAUUAAAGACAAACGACGUCGUUUAUAUAGCUGUGUUAUUAAAAAUAUGGGUUUCCUACGGCUCGAACUCGUGUACUCGGGUUUAAUGGUAGGGGUUUUUGCCACUGAGCUAGUGGACUUUGCGAUAGAUUUACGAACACAAUUUCUUUUAUUCUUCGAAUCCGAGUUAAAGACAAAUUAAUGAAACGACGCGUUUUAUAUUAACUUUUUAUUAAAAAGAUGGGGUUCCAUCGACUCGAACUCGUGCACUCGGGUUUAAUGGUAGGGGUUUUUGCCACUGAGCUAGUGGACUUUGCAAUGUAUGUACGAACACAGUUUCUUUUAUUCUCUUUGAAUCCGAGUUAAAUGAAUCAAAAAGAAACGACGGCGUUUUCUCCUCCGAUUGGUAUAAACCCUAAAUGGGCGAAAUCAUAAAUCCAGUUCGCGAUUCAAGCUCGAUUCUCUUCGAUCUCGUCCUUAAGAAUCUCGAUUCUCAUCUCUCCUUCUUCGAGUAUCGCAUGAUGAGUUCGGGUUGUGAGGAUUCGUCUGUGAAUACAAUGGGAAUUCGUGGUAUCCCGGAGCAAUGCGGCUGUGGUCGAAGAACUGGGAUAUACACAUCAAAAACGAAGGUCAAUCCAGGAAGAACUUUCUUUAGAUGCCCAACGUUUCAAAAUGAUCACUUGUAUAAAUGGGUAGAUGAAGCUGUCUACGAAGAGGUUCAAGAUGCAUUGCCAAAAGUUGAGUGCUUUGCAUCAGAUGUUAUGAAACUUAAAAUGGAGAUCGAAAGCAUGAAAACCGUGGAGGAAGAGUUGAAAGAAGAUGUUAGGAAGGCGAGCAAUGAACUUAAGAAGCUGAAUGUGAUCAUGAAAGUGGGUUUUUCGGUGGUUUGUUUAUGCGGUGUGAUAUGUCUUGUGUUGAUCAUGUUUGACAAAGCAUAUGGGUUGUCUAUGAAUAGCUACUAGGAGACUCUGUUUAUGUAAGGCUAUGUUUAUGUAAGACUCAUGGUUCAUGUAAGGCUAUGUUUUAAGACAAUGUUUCAAUAAUAUUUAUGUUUUACUUCUUGAUUGUUUAUAGAAGGACAAAUGAACACACCAAUGAACAGACCAUCAUGAUGAAAACACAAAGAUAAUAACCGACAGUUUCAAAUUAAAACAGCAGGAAGAAAAGAAAGAAAAAGGUAGUUCUAGUUCCAAAAGCAUUCAGACAGAGACACUAUCAUAAACAACACACAACGAAAGCAUUCAGACAGAGACCAUCAUAAACAACACACAAGCAUCUAAAAAACCAUCUUCCCCACGCUGCUGUCUGUGAUGCUUCAGCUUGUGAGGAUUGAGGAACUUCCCAUCGUGAUGAUUGAGCUUGUGAGGAUUGACCUUCUGAAGAUUGAGGAACUUCCCAUGCUGAUGCUUGAGCUUGUGAGGAUUGAUUUUGUGAGGUUUGAGCUUCUGAGGAUUGAGCUUGUGACUCGCCAAAGUGUAGUCCCUGCAACAUAUAAAUGAAUUGUUAGACACAUUACCGAGAGCUAAAAA